CGGCGGGGCAGCGGCCGCAGCAGCCUGGGCGGCGGGGGCCGCGCGGGCCGCGCCGCGCCAUGGCCCAGCAGCAGAUGAGCAGCUCACAGAAAGCGCUGAUGCUGGAGCUGAAGUCGCUGCAGGAGGAGCCGGUGGAGGGCUUCCGCAUCACCCUGGUCGACGAAUCCGACCUCUACAACUGGGAGGUGGCGAUCUUCGGGCCCCCCAACACCCUCUACGAGGGCGGUUACUUCAAGGCUCACAUUAAAUUUCCUAUUGACUAUCCAUAUUCACCACCUACCUUCAGAUUCCUGACCAAAAUGUGGCACCCCAACAUUUAUGAGAAUGGAGAUGUAUGUAUUUCAAUUCUUCACCCACCUGUAGAUGACCCACAAAGUGGAGAGCUGCCCUCUGAGAGGUGGAACCCUACCCAAAAUGUCAGGACUAUCUUACUGAGUGUAAUCUCUUUGCUUAAUGAGCCCAACACAUUCUCUCCUGCCAACGUGGAUGCAUCAGUCAUGUUCAGGAAAUGGAGGGACAGUAAAGGAAAAGACAAGGAGUAUGCUGAAAUCAUAAGGAAACAGGUUUUGGCUACCAAAGCUGAGGCAGAGAAGGAUGGCGUGAAGGUCCCCACUACACUGGCAGAGUACUGCAUCAAAACUAAAGUGCCUUCCAAUGACAACAGUUCAGAUUUGCUUUAUGACGACUUGUAUGAUGAUGACAUUGAUGACGAAGACGAGGAGGAAGAGGAUGCCGACUGUUACGAUGAUGAUGAUUCUGGCAAUGAGGAGUCGUGACCUGCUCCUUCUAUGCCCCUGUACUGCCCUGUCAACUCAGGCCAGAAGGGAGCAGUGGUAACCUAGCAGCAGUCCAGCAAAAAAGUAGUGGUGGGAGGGGGGGAUCAAAAAAACUGUCUCCUGCUGUCUCCUGUUGUAUGGAUCUGUUUGCUCCUUUUAUAUGGACCUCUUAGAGACCCUCCACAGAAUGUCUGAAUUCUUGCAUUCUUAACCCUUUCAUCACUGUAUUAUGAUUUCUUUUUUAAAAAGAAAUUCCCUUUUUCACUUCUACAAAAUGCUCAGUGAAACAGGUUUGCUUGUGUUUAGAUUCUUGAAUUAAAUACAGUCUUGCAUUGAGAUGUUUAAUGUAUUUAAAGCUGGAAUAAACCCAUUGGAAGAUGAAUUUUCAGGACCUCAAGUACUGCAUUUACUGGGAAGAAAAAAAUCCACACAAAGAAAAUUGCCAGGGUUUAGCUUCUCCAUUAACAAUAAUAGUGUGUGUACAUUUGUUUAACCUUGUGGUGGUGGCUUUUCCUUUAUAAGGUGUGGGGUGGAAAGUGUAAAGCUACUGUGUGUUGAGCUUGAUGGGAUGUUACUGAAAGGUACAGGAAUCUGCUUAGCCUGAUCAAAUUAGGAAAUAGCUGGCCCCUGGAUCCCCAGAGGGCACAAUCAGCUUUGUCUCUGAAAAAGGCUUGUGAUAAAAUAAACACUAAAAUAAACACUUAACACUUCACGUCUCUACAACUGAGCCCUGGGUUGCAUUAUUUUUUUCAGACUAGGUUUGGAUUGAAAAAGUUUAAUUUAGCCAUUCUUCUGGGAUCUGCUGUCAGCUGCCCCUCUACUGAGGGAGGAAAACAGAAGUGUAUCCCACUGCCCAGUGGGCCAGCAUUCAUCCUGAACUUCUUUUUGGCAGUGGGAGAGUCUCCUUCUCCAGUGCUUGCUAGUAGCCCUUGCUUCCUGCAGCCCAAGUCCAGUGAUGGCCUGAGCCUUCUUUCUGUUGCUUAUGUAGGUCACCUGUUGGUAAAUGCAGCUCUGCUGUAGCUCUGUGGGGGUGGCAGAAGAUAAAACUCCCUGGGGCAGCCAGGCUGUUCCUGUGCCUGCAGUGGCUUCUGGGACAUAGGGCAGAGAGAUGGAUGGGUGCUGGGCUCUCUCCUGCUUGGCUGGGGUACAGGUGGAUGUGUGCAGCCCCACAAAGAGAAGGGUACACAGUGCUUUCAGGCUGAUGCCCUGAGCUCAGCCUCUUGCAUGAUUUUGGGAGCUCUUGGCAGAGCUUAAGGCCCUCAGCACCCUCACCCCAUUGCAGUGUGCUCUUGUUCAGCUGUAGUGCAGUGCCCUGAAUUCACCUUUCACAUGGAUUGGCAGCCAGCCCUGCCCUUCUGCGCUGAGCCCUGGCAGCCCCAGGAGCAGAUCAGAGGUGCUGGCCCUGCUUGGGUGAAACCCUCUGUUCUCACAAGAGGCAGUCAGGCAGUCACCCUGAUAAGAACUGCAGGCUCAGGCAUUUGGUAUAGCUUGGUGGUUUUAAUGAUACAUCACCAGCUGCAGUCCCUCAAGAGGUACUUUGGUGGGAGUAAAUUUUGUUCUGUGAUCAGCUUGGUGGGAAGCAAGGAGCAAGAUGAGAGUGAGCAAGCUUAAAGGGUGUUGCCUGGAGGGAGAGGAGGGGAAGGCAGCCCUCGGGUAGGGGAGGAAGGCCUGUGGGGCUCUGUUUGAAGUUAUCAGUGUUACUUGGCUGGGGUUUGCUGCAGCAAGGACAGUCCCUGUCCCUCUGCCCCAGCUUGUGCUAGUGUGCCCUCAGCAGAAUGAAGGCAGCCCAAGUGGUAAUACCUUGUCCCCAGUGUGUUCUGUGAUGACCUGCCCUCCUGCUUGCUUUUUACCUGGGGAGGCAGCUGGAACCCUCCUGAAGUGUCCCACAAGGGCUCUUUCAGGUCAUCCUUCCAUCAAGGACUAACAGCCCCUGGUGCUUUUUGGAGCCAGCAGCAGGGCCCCCCCUCAGCUCCCAGCUUCACACCAGCCCUGGGAGGGUGGUGCCAGUGUUGGCAAAUGGGCCUUUGGCACUCGAUGCAAGACUGGUCUCAAGGCCACACUGGGCCAGGAACAUCAGUCUCCAGCUUUGAGGGGCUGUUGGGGGCAUGAAGGAACAGAGUAUGGCAACACUGGCUGUGCUGACUUGGUUUGAAAUGAUACUGCAUCUUUCAGGAUUUCCCUUGUAUUUUUGAUUGUCUUCACUGUUCACUGUAUGCUCUCCAGUGAGUUGUAUUUUCGAGCUUGGUGUUGUAAGAUGCAUUAUCUCAUGUUAACCUUUUGAAAGACAAAAAGCAACCUAUUUUGAGAGCUCUGACCAUAACCAAACUAAUUUCUCUUCCCCACUGUCCUGUGCAGUGUCAUUGCUUGUUGACUUGCUGGUUUCAUUUUUUGAGAUAUAAACUGAAAUGAGGGUAUUGUGUUUGGUUUUGGUUUUUGGGGUUUUUUUUUACCUAUUUAAGAAAUUGUGGAAAAAUGUUUACCUGAUCUUUGUAUUCUGGUUUUUUUCUUAACCUUUUUCUCAUCUCAGCUGAUAUUAGUGUUUACAUUUGCAACUACCUGCCCUUUCAAAUGCAGUUUUCAACCAUUCUGAAACCAGCAGGGUACACUACAUUUCUUAGUAGUUUUCUUAGCUGAAAUCCCAGAUGGUUUCCUUUUUUUCUUCAGUAUAAUUUACCAGAAACAAUUAACUGAUGCAUUUUUGUGUUGUCUUCCCCUUCAGUAGUUUUGUCUUUUCUGCACAUCUAUUAAUAAAAAUGUAAAA